AUGGUCGAUAGAAUAUCUACAUUCAACGAAAUGGGGGCUUCCGAAUUUCACUCAGGUCACUUUGAGACAUCAGAAAUGUGUUUCUGUCAAGCUGUCUCCGAACUUGGGAUUGGUUCUAGUCUUGCUUCGAAAGGUCUGCGUUCUUCGCCCCAAAACGGCGAUGUAACCAUGAUGGAUUCCCGAGACGAUGGGUUAGUCGUGAACCCCAGUCGGUAUGAUGAAGGCAUGAACGUAUACAAUACUCCAUUGAACCUGCUACGUGACUGUGGUGAUGGCAAAGAACAAGACGGCUUUCAGCACAUCACCGCAGCGGUUGUCGCCUACAAUAUGGCACAAGUCAAGAUCAAAUGCGGAAAGAGGAAUCAUGCUGAGCACUGGUUGCAUCAAGCACUCUAUUGGACCAAGGCAAACGAUCAUUUUUCCCAGACAUUGGUUGUCAAGAUUCUCCACUGCCUCGGAUUUUGCAGAUAUGUCACUGGUGAGGCCGACAUGGGAAUGGAGUAUUAUCAGAAAGCAUUUAAUACAAGCAAAUACUUCAAACUUGGUAGGCAAUACCUUGCAGCCAGCCUGAACUGCAUCGGGGUCCUUCAAUUCAGCAUGGAUGGUACAUGCAACGUCGACAAGUCACUCCAAUCCUUUGAAGAAUGUCUACAGAUGUACCGAUCGUGCAAAAGCUUUGAUCCCUUGGCAGUCGCAACAGUUCACAAUAAUAUUGGAAGACUGCAUUACCUCCGAGCUGACUACGUCCAGGCCCUUCAGAGCUACCAAGAAUCGCUCAAGAUUCGGAGGCACCUCCUUGGUGAAGAAUCCAUUGAUGUGGCUGCUACCUUGUACAAUGCAGGUCAAGCCUGUCAGCAACUCAAAAAGUUCGAAGAAUCGAUCAAUCAUUACAAGUCAUUUCUCAGCGUUGCCAAGUCCGUCUUCGGUGAGAACUCGAAGGAUGCCGCUCUGGCGCUGAAAGGAAUUGCCGAGAUUCAUCAAGUACAAGGGAAGUUCGAUACGGCUUUAGAAUUCUUUCAUCAAGCUUUGCAAGCUCAGACGGCGGCAAGUGGGAGACUUAGCACGGAUGUUGCCACACUUUUGAACAAGAUUGGCAAUCUUUGCUACGAAAUGAAGGAAUACGACACCGCCAUGGCAUCUUACACAGAAGGGCUCGAGAUCGAAUGUUCCAUCCUUCCACCAGACCACCCCUACACAAUUAUUACACAGACAAAUAUUGCUCACAUUCACAAGCAGUUGGAUCAAUGUGAGAAAGCUCUGGAAGCUUACGAACGAGUAUUGAAGAUGCAAGUGGGAGCCUUUGGAAGCAAUGCCUUGGUUUUGGCGGAGACACUCUCCUUCAUCGCCUUGAUGCAAUAUCACUUGGGUGACUACGCGUCGUCCCUCGAAGCAUAUCAAUUUGCUCUUCGAAUCUACCGAGAGCACUCGUCCAACAACGAUAACCCAAGAAUUGCCUCCACGUUGAAUUCCAUUGGACUGGUAUUCUUCAAGAAGCAAGCCUACGAACUGGCCAACAUGUGUUUUUCGGAAAGUCUGAGGAUACGAACCAAACUUCUUGGCCCCAAUCAUCGAGAUGUGGCGAUUCUGUGGUAUAAUCUUGCCACUGUAUAUUUCGAGCGAGGGGAAGAAGAGACAGCCGUCAAGAUGUAUAAGGAAACCUUGCGAGUGGAGGAGAUGCACCUUGGAGCGGACCACCCCGAUGUUGGCCUUACGCUGAGGCAUUUGGGACAGGUUCACCAACAGCUUGGCAAGCUUGAGGAAGCUGCCAAGUAUUUCCAACAAGUUGUUGCUAUUGAACGAAAAAGAGAGGUGGCGCCAAAUACAAGAAGUUCCUUGUCCAAGGCAUUGAAUCUCCUCGGCAACGUGUACCUGCAGUUGAAUCAAGUUCCAGAAAUGAUGGAGUGCUACGUGGAAGCUUCACGACUAAACGAAGCUCCUCGAGAAACUAGUGAUGAUACAACAUCUGAUCGAUUGGUCAUUGCUGGAUACAAUUUGUACUGCCUGCAAAAAACAAAUCCACCCGCUGCACCAAUCGCUUAG